CGGCUAACCAGCCGGAUUGCGCAGUGUUUGUGCGAAUGUAGCCUCGAGGAGAAGCUCACGCGAUACUUAUACGUCGGGACUCAGGAGAAAUCCCAUCGAUUCGCACCUGCGUCGACACCUGUCGUCUCCUGGCGCGUUUACUCCGAAGCAUAUAGAGAGCUGCGGGUGUCGCACGGACGUGCGCGACCACCCCCGCUGAUCCACCCUCAUUCAACGGUGAACCCGGCGAAGAAAGAGGAGAUCGCAAUUGUAACAAGAAGAAGCAGAGAAUCUACGUCGACGAGACAUGGCGCCGCAGAAACAAUACACCAGGAGCGAAGUGGCGAAUAACAACGACGCGGACAAGGUCCUACUGAUCUUACACGACAAAGUAUACAACGUUCACAGUUUUCUCAACGAGCAUCCGGGCGGUGAGGAAGUCUUAAACGACCACAAAGGCGUAGACGGCUCUGAGGACUUCAAUGACGUCGGUCACUCGAACGACGCCUUGGAUCUGAUGAAGAAGUACCAGGUCGGUGAGGUCGUCGAAUCAGAAAGGUUGAACCAGCCGAUGAAGAAGGGCUGGGUGGCGGGAUACAACAAAAAGACGCCGGAAAAAUACGUCCAAGGACCUGGUGUACCCUUCUAUCUGCUCGCCGGUGGGAUUGUGUUCAUAUUGGCUCUUUACUACUACCUAUUUUAAAACAAUCGUCCAUUCUUACGUACGCGUAAUCGUGAUGGCACUGUAGGUGCGAGAAAAUGUGAUAAAUGGACGGUGGAUGACAGAACGUUCUCGCGCCGUUUCGUCCUCGACCGACGAAACGCACAUCGCGACAAUGCUUGCUUCUCGCAAUCGCGAUUGCUUCUCGAGACGGCAAUUGUCCAUACACAGAGAGAGAACUGUCAUGAUUGCUAAAACCACAUUCUUUAUGAUUAAGGCAAACAUUUCUGCGAAUUCAAGUUGUGGCUGUUACAUGUCCAUCUAUGCGGUUCUUACGGCUAAUUUUUAUGAUAUAUAUAAUAUUCAAUUAGUAUAGUUGCGUUAAUUGCAACAACAUUGCCGUCCCUCUGUUAUGCUCUACAGAACGAGUACUAUGGUUAAGAGAUCCGUAUAUCAAACUUGGCUGCACCAUAAUAGCAUUGAGAAUUCUAUUAUGUAGAAUUCUGGUAUGUACUCAAGCACUGACGACUAUGGGCAAGCAAUAAAGAAGACCAAUGUACCACUUCCAGAA